GAGGAGGGGGGGAGCGUUUGCAGGCAGCGGGGAGCUGCGAGCGUGCGGCUGCAAAGGAGCGGUGCGAGGGAAGGGUGAGGAUCUCUCCCCGCUGCCUCCAGACUUGGGGCUGAGGGCAGCCUGGCAGGGGUUGGCCUGCUGUCCCUGUCCCCCACCCCAAAGGGACAAGGACCGACGCCCCAAACCUGGCCCUUUGUCUGCUGGCGGGGGCUCUGCCCAAGCCAGAUGUGCAGGCAGCUGUGUUGGGGAGCAAGCGGGCGGAUGACAGCGACGCUGGGAGACGGGAGGAGAGUCCAAGGGAAUGACCUUGAGGAGGAGCCCAGAAGAUGCAGCUGAGUGCAGAAAUGAAUCAUCUGGGGAGGAAGAAAAGGAGAAGCUCUGACUGAAGGCGGCAGCCCUGGUCGUGGUGUCAGCUGGAGGGACCACGCAGGGCAGCUGGCAGCAGAGGCUGAUCAGUGCCAGGGUUCACGUGGAGCAUCUUCUCCUGCAGAUGUUGUCCUCACUUGGUUGUCACCCCAUGCCUUGCUCCAGUUCUGUCCCAUGAGCCUUUCCUGCCUGGGAGGAAGCCGGUUCCACCAGCCAAAAAUGAGACACUUCCAAACCAGCUCUCUUCUGCUCUGCGUGGUGGCUGCCACCGCCAUCCCCAUCGUGCCGUGGAAGGUCAAAUGCCCACUGCAGUGCGUCUGCCAGAUCAGGCCAUGGUACACUCCCCGCUCGGUCUACCGGGAGGCUGCCACGGUGGACUGCAAUGACUUGUUCAUCUCCACUGUGCCCGAAGACCUGCCAGAGGGGACCCAGACCCUUCUCUUGCAAAGCAACAAUAUCGCCAGGCUGGAGCAGAGCGAGCUGGACUAUCUCAGAAACCUCUCAGAGCUAGACCUGUCGCAGAACAGUUUCUCCGAUGUCUGGGACUUUGGCCUGAAGAGCAUGCCCCAGCUGCUCAGCCUUCACUUGGAGGAGAACCAGCUUUCUGAGCUGCCUGAUGGCAGUUUCCCGGGGCUGGGCAACCUGCAGGAACUCUACUUGAACCACAACCAGCUCCGCAGGAUUGCUCCCCGCGCCUUCUCUGGCCUCAGCAGCCUGCUGCGCCUCCAUCUCAACUCCAACCUGCUGAGGACAGUUGAUAGCCGCUGGUUCCAGAUGCUCCCCAGCCUGGAGAUCCUCAUGAUUGGAGGCAACAAGGUGGAUGCGAUCUUGGAUAUGAAUUUCAGGCCCCUGUCAAAUCUGCGGAGUUUGGUUUUGGCUGGGAUGAGCUUGAGGGAGAUCUCAGAUUAUGCACUUGAAGGGCUGCAGAGCCUGGAGAGCCUCUCCUUCUAUGACAACAAACUCAUGAACGUCCCCAAGCGGGCGCUGCAGCAGGUUCCUGGCCUCAAGUUCCUGGAUCUGAACAAAAACCCAUUGCAGAGAGUCAGGCAAAGCGACUUCACGAACAUGUUGCACCUCAAAGAGCUGGGACUCAACAACAUGGAGGAGCUCGUGUCCAUUGACCAGUUUGCCUUGAUCAACCUCCCUGAGCUGACAAAACUAGAUGUGACCAACAACCCCAAGCUGUCCUUCAUCCACCCCAACGCGUUCCACCACCUUCCCCAACUGGAAACCCUCAUGCUCAACAACAACGCCCUAAGUGCCUUGCAUAAGCAGACGGUCGAGUCCCUGCCCAACCUGCAGGAGAUCAGCAUCCACAGCAACCCCAUCCGCUGUGACUGCGUCAUCCGUUGGGUCAACAGCACAGAAAACCACAUCCGCUUCAUCGAACCCCAGUCCACACUGUGCGCCGAGCCCCCUGACCUCAAGAGGAGGCACAUUCGGGAUGUCCCCUUCCGGGAGAUGACGGACCGGUGCCUGCCUCUCAUCUCCACCAAGAGCUUCCCCUCCCACUUAGAGGUGGUGGAUGGUGACAACAUCUCCUUGCAUUGCCGGGCUCUAGCGGAGCCAGACCCAGAGAUCUACUGGGUCACCCCUUCAGGGGUGAAGCUGAUCCCCUAUGCAGAAGAUGAGAGAUACAAGGUACACCCUGAAGGGACACUGGAAAUCCAUGGGAUCUCAGCUCGGGAGGCCGGGCUGUACACCUGCGUGGCUCACAACCUUCUCGGGGCAGACACCAAGAGCAUCAGUGUGAUGGUCAACCAUUCCUUCCCACUCAGUGAGGACAGCCUAGAGCUGGUGGUGGCAGAUGUCCAGGCCUACCACAUCUUGGUUGCCUGGAAGCCACAUCUCAACACCGUCUCCUCCAAUCUUACCUGGUCCAGCUUCUUGCUUAGCUCCAACUUGGACGUGACCAACGUGGCCCGGAUCCCCAUGGGGACCCACACGUACAACAUCACCCGGCUCCACCAGGACACAGAGUACUGGGCUUGCCUCCACGUGGCCUUUUUAGACUUGCAGGCCAAGGUGGCUUGCGUCAAUGCCAGGACUAAAGAGGCUGCCCACCACUACUGGCUUCUGGAGGGCUGGGAAAGCCUCCUGACGGUGCUGGUCCUCUGCCUCCUGCUGCUCACUGCCAGCCUUGCAGCUCGCUAUGGUGUCGAGGCAGAGCCCACGAGGGCCAAGGAGCUUCUCCGAGGUGCCACGACAGUUCGUGUGGUCUAUCCUCCCCUCACCCAGCCCUGGGCUCAGGGGCAGCGAAAGGGGCAGCUCCUGGCCGUGGAGGUGCAAGCAGCCCCACUGGACUGCUGAAGGCUGACGCACUGGUGGGGCUGACUGUGGGGUGGGGUGGUUUGGGGUGGGGUGGGGAGGGAGAAACUAUUUUUUAUCAAAAAAACACCCAACUGCGAAACUGAACAUCAACAAAAAGGAAUUUCAUGGACUUGAGAAAGAGCCGAAGAGGAGCAGAGCUGGCCACAGGGCUUGCAGAGCCUCUUUGUGGUCCUGGCAGGGUCUGGAUCCAUGUGUAGGGUCUGGAUCUGCGCGUGGCUCCUGUAAGCACCCACUGGGAGGGCUCCGAGGGGCCCGAGCCCGAGAGGAUGAUGCCCCGAGUGGUCCAAGAGCCAUACAACUGAUCAGCAGAUUACCCUUUCCCCACAUCCCCCCAGCACGGUGAGACCCCCCCAGUAGUGUCAGCUCCUUCGCUGGACAGUAUCUGGUUUGGAAAUACAUAAAAAAGCCUUUCCCUUUGGGAUACAUGUUCUAUUUUUGGGGUGGUUUUUUUUUGAGCGCUCAGAUAAUCUGUCACAACCACACCUUCCCGCUGCCCUGUUGUUUGCUUGCUGCUGUCUACCGGAGGAGAAAGAGCAGGGAAAGGAGGGGAUUUGGGCAAAAGAACCAGCAGUGACAAUGGUGCCACAUCUCUAAAUUGGCAUCCCUGCGGGGCCGGCCAGCUUCUACCGGAGCUGAUUGAAUCCUGUAUCCUGGAAGCGUCAUCUCAAAGCUGUUUUGUAAACUUUUUGUGUUAAAAAACAGGAAAAGUAGGACGAAAAGGCUGGGAGGGGAGAGGGGAAGUUCUUGCUUUUCUGAUUUUGUAUUAAAAAAAAAAAAAAAGGAACAGCAGGGGAAAAAAAAAGGAAAUCCUUUGUAUAGUGGUGUGCAGCUGGAGGGCUUCAUGGUAGGAACCCCCUGCUACAGCUGGAGGAGGGCUGGGGGGCUCUGCAGGACAGACCCUGUGUGACAGCCUCCCUGCACACACCCUGGGGGGGAUGCACACCUGCUCUCAUGGGCUGUUGACACUUCUUUCUCUGGCUUUGAUUUAACUGCAAUCCUUAACAAGACGUGCCUUUACCAACACAUAUGUCACCCUAAGAGACCCCGGUGCAGCCCGUGGUGUGGGCACAGCUUCAGCCAGAGCCUGGCCAGCACCUUGCUUGGGGUCCUUCCAUGGGAAAGACCAAGAAGAAACAUCCCAGCCAGACUCGGGGAGCUAAUGGGGUGCAGGUACCCCAGGAGGUCGUGUCUCCAAAGCCAGUCAUGACAGCGCUAUCGCUGCUUGCACAGUGCUUUGAAGGGACCAGAAAACAUUGAGACAGUAAAAAGCUGUUUGAACUUCUCAUUCAUCUUCCAGCCAAGGUGAGAUGGUUCCCUGCUGGAUAAGCUCCGCUCAGCCAAGCACGCGAAAAGGCUUCUGCGCCUUUGCCGGGUAAUUAUUUCAGCGGGGAAUGGCUCUCCCCGGUCCCCGUUCAGCGCAGCAUCACCACUCACCAGAGCCGUUCAGCAUGUGUUCAGGACCCAGCGACAUCUCCAGGGGCUCUAAGCACAUGCUGAAAGCUAAGUGCAGGCUUAAAUACUUUGCUGAACCAGAGUCAUGAUCUGCUUUAAAUAUUCAGCUGUGGAGUCCCAGUUCCGCUCAGGUGUGCAAGCAUCAGUGUUUGCAGACUCAGGAUCUAAACCAGCCUUUCUCCUUGGCCUUUUGUACAACAGGGAAACUUAAAUGCAAAAUAUAUUCCCUGUGGUUUAGCUAAAUUGGUGCUGGAAUAUGUAGAAAUAGUUGAGGAGAAAUUUCCCCAGUGUAAACACGUCCCUGAUUUAAUCCUGCUUGUCCCCAUGGUGCACGGGCUGAGCUCCAGGCAGCGCCUGUAUCUCCCACCACCUCCGCCAUCCCAGUCCCCUGAGAAACAUCGCCAGCUCCCAAACAAAGCAAGGACUGAGCCCCUUCAAGGCUGUAAUUUUGUAGGUGUAGAGAAAAGGCCUCUUUGAUCACGGUUAUCGUGGCUGCUGCCACCACGCUGGGAUGGGAGGUGAAGGUUCAGCCACCGUCUGAAUUGUCUGCUCUCAUCUAAAAGCAAUGCCUGCAAACCAGAGAUUAAAAUGCAAGGUGCACGCAAUUAAUUUGACUUCCUUUGAAUCCAGAGUGAUCCAAGGAGCUGUGUGCGUUGCAUUCAGAGAGGCACCCACCACUGCAGGACUCGUUUCCAGUGGGUCCCCCCACACCCACUGGCCCUGGGUGGGUGCUCCAGCAUGGGACAGGGUGGCAAAAUCAUUCCUUUCUGCCCCAAAACAGGAGCUUUGCUAACUGCUUCUAACUCCUCCCUCCAAGGACAUCAGCCAAGAGCACUGUAGAUGCUUCAUAUAAUAUUUAUUGCCGUUUGUUAUUUAUUAUUAAAUCACCAAUCAGCUUUUUCCAGGCAUUGUGCUGGAGGAAACACUCCACAAACCAUUCCCUGUCCCCAUGUCCAGGCCUGGAUGGGGCACAUGGAGCUGAAGCAGCUGCCAGCAGAGCUUCACCAGCAUCAUCCCAUGUCAUCCAGGGGGAUAAGGUUCCAUCUGCAUGGAGCCCCUUCCUCCUGCAGAGGUCACAAUGAGGUGCAUGCAAGGCAGGUGGCUGAAUUAAAGCUGGAGGAGAUCCAAGCAUCUCACACCAACCCCGCAGCGUGUUUCAUGCUUUGCAUCUUGCAGUUUCCAGCACGGUUUGAUCCCAAGCUGCCGCCCAACAUCACAGCACCAAGAUCCCCGCACAGAGGAGCGAUGCUCAUGCUCCUCAUCAGGAGGCAUUGGGCAAAACUUAACCUCAUUGGGUGAAUUAUAGCAGCUGCAAAGUUUCACAGGGCUCAGGACUUGGACUUACAGCUUGUCCUCUGCGUGGAAGCCGGAUUCUGCACUGGGGGAGGCUUUGCUGGUGCACAUAAGGGUUAUUUUGGGGUGCCAGGCAGAGGGAACUGGGCAUUUUAGGCACUGGAAAACCUAAUUGCAUCUCAAGUUCCCUUCGAGGGGGGAGCAGCUCCCUCUGUGCGGUCUCAUCUCCCAGCCCAGAGAGUAAGGAUGUGGCAGGAACAGAGAUGCUUCAAAAAGGGGAAAGGAGUGUGUGACCCUGGAUGCUCUCGACUAGAGUGCUCUUCAAUCUGCCACACAAAGGCAUGGCAAGAUCCAGGACAGCUCAAAUGAGAAACAGGAUGCUGCUUGUUUGUUUAGUUUUUUUUUUUUAAAGUAGCAGGAGUAAUUAACCACUGGAGCAGUUUUAUCAGUAGCUGGGACAGCCUCCGUUUCUGAGCACCACGCAGGGAUGCAGCUCUCAAAUAGAUGCUCUAGUGAAGGUCCCAAAUUUCUCAAGCCCAAGAAGCUGUCACCAGUGCCUGACACCCCUCCUGGCUGCUGCCAGCCAAGCCCAGGGGGGCUAGGGGGACCGGUGGAAGGAGGGAAGAGAGAAGGGAUGUCCUUCAUCACUUCCCAGUCCUUCCCCUCCAUCUGCUUGGGCAAAGCUUCUCCUCUGGCCUGUCCCAUCAGGUAUCACGCAUGGGCACUGGUUUCUUUCCCAUAAACCACUCUUCCCAAGCUGCUUGACAGGUCCAAAUUCUCCAUUUUGGGGUUUUUUUCAUUACUUCGCUUUGAGGAUAGCAGUAAAAGUCCUCAUUUCUGCUUCUUUUGCCCUCUACCCUCCUCCUCAGUGCAAACAGCAUCAUGGAUCUCAUACGCAACUGAGCUUCUCUCAGCAAAGCCAACCAAGAACAUUGCGUACCAGGCUCUAUUUUAAGCACCUAAUAAAACUGAUUUUUGGAGUGGCUCCAUCCUCAUGUCCUUCUUUUGCAGAGCCCUUGUACCUACCGAGGGCCCAGUGGCAGGGAUGCUCCGUUCUCAACAUCCAUUACCACCGCUACCUGCCUGGCAGUCUCCUCGCCCACACCAAAGGCUUUCAGGCUCUGGGAGGAGCGUCACAGACACAUACUUAUUAGUUUGUUAGAAAAUCAAAGCCUCUCUCCUCCUCCCUUUAGCACUUCCUCAAGAAUGAUUGAAAUUAAAAGCCUCGACCUCCCUGGGAAAUGUCAGUCGUGUUAUCCAUAUGCAUGAUGCCAUUAGGAUGAAGCAGGUGUAGCUUUCAAAAUCUUUAGGAAAGUCU